CAUGCCCGGCAGCCAGGCCCGGUGCCGGGCCAGAGACCGGAACAACGUCCUGAACCGGCCCGAGUUCAUGUCCCUGAACCAGCCGCCCCGGAGGGAGCAGGCAGCGGGGGAGGGGCGGGGGGGCGGCAGUGGCGGUCCGAGGAGAGCCGCGUUCAGACAGCAGAGUCAGCAGGAGGACACUGGACUGAGGGGGUCCAGGGACUCCUCGGAGGGGGGCCCGGUGGCCGAGGGGGGGGCGAAGGAUGCGUCUCGGUGGCCGGAACAGGACUGCAUGCAGCUGAACCCGUCGUUUCGAGGCAUCGCCAUCAACUCUCUGCUGGCCAUUGACAUCAGCCUGUCGAAGCGUCUGGGCGUCUGCGUGAGGCCCCACGGCCCCGGGGCCCCACUCCGGUCCAUGGUGACCCUCCUGGCCCUCAGCGGGCACGCCCUGCCCUGGCUCUGCGGGACUCUGAUCUGUCUGUGGAGGAGCAACACGCUGGCUGGACAGGAAGUCCUCAUCAAUCUGCUGCUGGCUCUGAUCCUGGAUCUGAUGACGGUUGCUGGGAUGCAGAAGCUGGUCAAACGCAGAGGACCCUGGGAUUUUCCUCCGGGGUUUCUGGACUACAUUGCCAUGGAUAUAUAUUCUUUCCCAGCAGCCCAUGCCAGCCGGGCCGUCAUGGUGUCCAAGUUCCUGCUGAACCACCUGGUGCUGGCGGUGCCCCUGAGGAUCCUGCUCUACCUGUGGGCCUUCCUGGUGGGCGUGUCCCGGGUCCUGCUGGGCAAACAUCACCUAUCGGAUGUUGGAUGUGGAUUCGCUCUCGGCUUCCUGCACUUCAGCCUGGUGGAGUCUGUUUGGCUGGACUCUGCUACCUGCCAGACCCUCAUCUCCAUCGGCACGCUGCGCUGGACUCUGCUGGUUUAGAACCAGUUUGUACUGGUUUAUACUGGUUCACAUUGGAGUAAGACUACUAUAGACUAUUCUAGUCCAGGUUGGACUGGUCCUCUUGGAUUCGUGUUCGUGCCAAAUUCUCAGGUCCAUCGGCAUGCUGGACUCCACUGGUUUAGAGAGGUUCAAACUGGGCUGAACUGGUUUAGACCUGGUUUGGUCGGAUGUGAGACUGAUACAGACUGUUUUAGUCCGAUCUGGACACCACUUUUUAAAAACUGGUUUGGACCAGUAUAAACUGGUCUGGAUCACUUUGGAUCAGUGUCAGACUGAGAGUCCUUUUCAAUAAAAUAGUCUUAUGGUAGUCCUGUGUGAACUGGACUGGACUGGACCUGGUCCUGCUGGAUUCUGGUUCCUGCCAGAUGUUUAGAUUUUUGCAGGAACCUGAUGUACCUGGUUCAGGUGUCGGUUUGGUUGAUUCAGUCGCCUCGUAGACAUCACACUGAUCAGUUUUAUUAAAGCUGCAGAGAUUCUGGAUUUUAGUUUUUAAUCUGUGAUGUGUAUCAGGGGUCAGUCAGGUGUUUCAGGUGUGACAGGUGAGUGAGCAGUUCAGUUUUUUGUUUCCCAUCAGCCCAGUUCUGACCAGGUAUCUAACGGCUUUUAUUUUUGUGUGGUUGUCAUGACGACAGCUGGUUUUGAGCGAGAAGUUCAUUCUCAACCUGUAACGAAAAAACUAUCUUAGCUAAAGGUUCCACUUACUGCUGUUCUCUGAGCUUUUGACCAGGUCUCUCUGUCUUCAUCAGUCAAAAUCACUCAGCAGUGAUCAGUUCAUUAACAACACGUUUCCACAAGAAAAUGAGAUUAAAAACUAAAAAUAACUUUUGAAAAAAAUUAUUUUUGUCAGUUACAUUUUCAGACUUUUCUGAAUUAAACCAAAAUAAUCUUCAGUCCACUGAGAAUCAGAAUCAUAAUCAACAGCCGACUAUAAAAAUAUGGACACAGUUCACAGACAUUUCAAAAACAAACGUAAAACUACAGUGGCAUAGUAACAUUACGGUGCUAUCGUUACCUUACUAACAAAUUUGUCUUUAUGGUGUCUGACUGAAAGCUCCAGUAAAAGUAAGUGGACCUUGUGUUCAGGUGAUUUUGUCUGAAUAAACUAAAUGAAACAGAUCUGUAGUUUCUCUGCAGGUUUUACAUCAAUCCUCCUUUAAAUCUUUUCUUCUUCAGCUGAUCAUCUUUAAAACAUUUGACAGCUUUGACUUUUUAUAGAAAGACGUGAUUAUAAACUAUUAACACACAGUUUUGGAUUCAGAGCUGAAACACAGGUAUUUUACUGGAAAUAACAGAUGAAUUUACUCGCGGUGGUUUUAUCUGUGAUGUGAGCUGAUGUUGGUGAAAAUGAAUGAGACUCAGGACGUUACACAGAAAUAGAAACAGAAUAAAGUGUCAGAAAUCAACAGUUUUCUGAUUGAACUUCUGAGGGUCACAAGAACAAGAGUUUGUGAGAGUUGAAACUAUGCAUCUGUUGAACUGAAUAAAAACUAUUUUUACCUGUUUCUUCA